AUGGCUAAGAGCGGAACCCAUUUCGACUUCAUCGUCGUUGGAGGCGGUACCGCGGGUAACGUCGUCGCAGGUCGUCUGGCCGAAAAUCCCAAUAUCAAUGUCCUUGUUGUCGAAGCGGGUGUGAAGGAUUCGGAAAAUAUCGAAGAAAUCACUGUGCCCUCAAAUGCCCAGAACCUCCGCGGCGGCCAGUAUGACUGGGCUUACAAGACCACGCUUGUCAAACGCGACGACUACGAGCGUAUCGAGAAGCCCAACACUCGUGGCAAAAUCCUCGGUGGAAGCUCUUCUCUCAAUUACUUCACCUGGGUCCCGGGUUGUAAACCCACCUUCGAUAUGUGGGAGGAGUAUGGAGGCAAGGAAUGGACUUGGGAUCCUCUCCUGCCUUAUUUCCGCAAGAGUGCAACCUACCACGACGAUGGCCAGUUUUACAACUCCAGCUUAAAGAAAAUCGGAACAGGCGGCCCUCUCAAUAUUGCCCAUUCGGAGUUGAUUGACGCCCUGGUUGAUUUCCGCGACAACAUUACAAAGGCCUGGACCUCACGGGGUUUACCCCUGACCGAGAAUAUUUACGACGGAGAAAUGAUCGGUUUGACCCAUUGUGUCGAUUCAAUCUACAAGGGCGUACGUUCUGGAAGUUAUCUGUUCUUGAAGGGAAAGCCAAAUAUCACUAUCCUACCUCAAGUUCACUCAAAGAACUUGAUCAUUGAUAAAGCCAGCCGUGUUGCUAAGGGAGUGACCGUCAUUGAUGCCUCUGGCAAUGAGCUGAGCUUCUACGCCAAUCGCGAGGUCAUCGUCUCUCAGGGAGUCUUCGAGAGUCCUAAGCUGCUCAUGCUAAGUGGUAUUGGACCGCGUCAUGAACUUGAGAAACACGGUAUCGAGGUCGUCGUGGACUCCCGCCACGUCAAGGAUGGCUACGGCAUGGACGAUGUCCUUCUGCGACCGACUCCCCAGAACCAGGCUGCCAUAAGCGCCUAUAAGAAAGACCACACCGGUCCUGUGGGCUCUGGUCUUCUGGAGCUCGUGGGUUUCCCUCGCAUCGACGAGUAUCUGGAAAGAGACCCGAAAUACCGUCAGGCAAAGGCCGCGAAUGGGGGCAAGGACCCAUUUUGCCCAUACGGACAGCCACACUUCGAACUUGACUUCGUCUGUAUGUUCGGUAGCGCCUUCCAAUGGCACUAUCCCGUUCCUAAGAAGGGUUGCUAUAUGACCACGGUCGUUGACCUGGUGCGCCCUAUCUCUGACCCCGGCGAGGUGACUCUCAACAGCGCGGAUCCACUCGUGCAGCCUAACAUCAACCUGAACUUCUUCUCCAAUGACCUUGACAUCAUUGCCAUGCGAGAAGGUAUCAGGUUCAGUUAUGAUGUCCUUACCAAGGGUGAAGGCUUCAAGGACAUCGUCGUAGGUGAAUACCCCUGGGAGAUGCCCCUGGACGAUGAUGUGGCGAUGAACCACGCUGUUUUGGAUCGCUGCCAGACUGCUUUCCAUCCUUGCGGCACCAACCGCCUGUCGAAGAACAUCGACCAAGGAGUGGUAGACCCGAAGCUCAAGGUCCACGGAAUCAAGAACCUCCGUGUUAUCGACGCUUCCAUCAUCCCUGUCAUCCCGGACUGCCGCAUCCAGAACUCUGUGUACAUGAUUGGCGAGAAGGGAGCUGAUCUGAUCAAGGCGGAUCACAGCGAUAUCUAUCACUAA